AUGUGCUCAAUAAAUAAUCACUGUCAUUAUUGUCAUUAAAUAAGAAAUGGGGAAAGUUGACAAAUAGCACAGUAUUAAGGCAUUGGAAUGUCUACUUCACCAUCUCCUCUGCAUUGGUCUGGUUUUAUCACAGAUAACUGUUUUGUAAGAAUUAUUCUGAUAUAAUGGAGGGCUUUGGUGAAAGCUUAAUAAACAUGUCUACUCUAAGCAAAUCCAUUUGGAAGGACUAUGCCCAGGGAGUCCUCGAUUCCUUUCCUCCCUUCAGAACAACAGAUCUUUCCUGUUCCUCUCUCUUGGGCAGCUCUGUGAAGUGCCUUGCAUAUUUAAAUAGCUGGAAUUCAUGGAGUACAACAAGCAUUUUUUCCCCAAGCUUCACAUUCUUGCCAUUAAAUUUAGGAAUGUGUGGGGUUUUGAUGCAAUUUCUUCCUUGCCCAUUGGGAUACAGUCAUUGUAGAAAGACUAAGCGUUUUGCUCCAACAUUGUCAAAGGAUCAGCCCUGACUUGUGCAGGCAUUUCCUUCUAUUUGACAAUUUGGUAUUUCUUUAAAUGCUUUGUGUCCAUUCACAAGGGCGAUGGUUUCAUUUGAAAUGCUGCAGUCACCAGGGAGAAGCUCCUCUUCCCUGAUAGGCCAGCCAUCUCUCUGCCUCCUGUUGCUAUGGUGCCCAGCAGAGGAACUUCCUUGCCCUGCACAUGGAGGAGGCUCUGUCUCCAUGGAUACCCCACUCUAAGACUGUACUCCAUGGAGAGAUGAGCUGCUCACACUGUAUUUCUGCACGAGACAUACCCCAGCCUGUGGCGGGAGGCUGUUUGCAGAGGCAGUGUUUGCCAUGAAAGUCUACGGAGCUUACCUUCUAAGUAGCGAAGCUGAUUUUAGCUCCUCAAGCAGCACGGGCAGCAUUUCCGCUCCUGAGGUCCAUAUGUCUGCUGCGGGAAGCAAGCGGUCCUCCUUUUCACGCAACCGAGGUCCCCAUGGGCGGAGUAAUGGAGCUUCAUCGUACAAGUCUGGCAACAGCCCCCCCUCCCCACGGGAGAAGGACUUCCUGUCCAUGCUGUGCAGGAAUCAGCUGAGUCCCGUUAACAUCCAUCCCAGCUAUGCGCCUUCUUCCCCAAGUAGUAGCAACUCCGGCUCCUACAAAGGAAGUGACUGCAGCCCAGUCAUGAGGCGGUCUGGAAGGUACAUGUCCUGUGGUGAAAAUCAUGGUGUCAAACCCCCAAACCCAGAGCAAUAUUUGACCCCUCUGCAGCAAAAAGAGGUUACAGUGAGACACCUGAAGACCAAGCUGAAGGAAUCGGAGCGCCGGCUUCAUGAAAGGGAAAGCGAGAUUGUGGAGCUCAAGUCCCAGCUGGCCCGGAUGAGAGAAGACUGGAUUGAAGAAGAGUGCCACCGCGUGGAGGCCCAGCUGGCCCUGAAGGAAGCCAGGAAGGAGAUCAAACAGCUCAAACAGGUCAUCGAAACUAUGAGGAGCAGCUUGGCUGAUAAAGAUAAAGGCAUUCAGAAAUAUUUUGUGGACAUAAAUAUUCAAAACAAGAAGUUGGAGUCUCUACUGCAGAGCAUGGAGAUGGCGCACAGUGGCUCCCUGAGGGAUGAACUGUGCCUGGACUUCCCAUGCGAUUCCCCAGAGAACAGCUUCCCCCUCGGCACCCCUUUCGGCAAGAUGGCAGACGGGCUGUCUCCGGAGGAGCAGGGCACCGAGGAAGGGGCCGACGGCGAGCCGCUGGUGGGAGACGGUCUGGCCGACCGCACAGAUUUGCUGGAUGGCAUGGUAACCACCGCCACCGCAGAGGCGGGCGACCUGGAGCUCCUUCACCCCGCCCCCGCGGCAGCGGCCCUCGACGGCCUCCCCCUGGCGGUGGGGGAGGAAGAGGGCAGUGCGGUGGUGGAGCGAGCGGUGCAGACCGACGUGGUGCCCUACAGCCCCGCCGUCUCGGAGCUCAUUCAGCACGUGCUCCAGCUCCGGGACCCGUGGCCCUCGAGCUCAGCAUCGCCUGACGAGUCCGGGGCUGACUCGACAGAAAGCUUCCCCGAGUCCAUCUCUGCGUUCAUGGUGGAUUUAACGCCAAGAAACCCCAACUCGGCCAUCCUUUUGUCUCCCGUGGAGACCCCCUCCGCCACGGUGGAUCCGGAAGCUCCCGCAACCCGCCUCAUGAGCGAGCUGGAUUUUGCAGGCCCCACGGAAGAGAGGUUGGACGGCAUCAUCCCGCUGUCGCGCGGGGCCGUAGGGACGCAGUACUGGAGCAGCAGCUUCCUGGUGGAUCUCCUGGCUGUGGCUGCCCCCGUGGUCCCCACUGUUCUGUGGGCAUUCAGUACUCAGAGAGGGGGGACAGAUCCCGUCUACAACAUCGGGGCCUUGCUCCGGGGCUGCUGUGUGGUCGCCCUGCAUUCGCUCCGCCGCACCGCCUUUCACAUCAAAACCUAAAAUAGAAGUCGUCGUUUCCGUGUGCCAAUCUGUCCCGUGUGGCGUCGUGCCAGGUGGAGAAACAGCAGGUCGACUUGCGGCGGCCUCUAGUCUGUCGUUUUUGCUCCUCGGUAUUUGAUUUGCACUAUAUUUAGUUGAAGCCUGUUCACUGUUUAAAACCGGAGGUAUCUUCAAAGGCAUGGAGACCUGGUUCAAGUAAAUGCCCCACCAGUGGUAGAGAAAGCAUGCUCAUGACCCUGCCGUGUCGUCUGAGGUACCCGUUCUUAUCCUAGUGGUUCAGGAAGAGAAAAUGCAGAGUUUGCACUUUUCAAGACAGCUUCUGUAAGGCUGGCAUGUUAUCUCCUUGCUUUGCUUUGUGCCGUUUUAAAAUGUGUAAUUGUUACAGCAUUCCAAUGGUCUUGUGCACAGCAGGGGACUGUAACCAAAAAUAAAACUGUACUUGUGUAAUUGGUUUGAAGAAGUCUUGAAUAGCUCCUUAGCGUCUUACUUGGGGUUGAUAAGAUUUGAGUGUUUGCAAUUUUUUACUAAAUGUAGCUUCAAAGUCGUGAAAUGGCUUGUUUGUUCCUAAACCUGUUAAUUGAUGAGACUGUAUGUAAGUUUACGAUGUAUUAACUUAUUUUUUGCUUAUUAUAUAGUGUUUUAUUGGAAAUUGUUUGUAACCACACAUUUCAGCAUGAUGAAAAUAAAGAUUAGUGUUUACAUUUAAAUAAAUGUUUUAUCCUCCCGUAAAAUAA